AUGGCAGGCCGCGGCGCACUCGAGCGGGUAUUCGUCGGCCUCUGCCGCCGGACGGAAGGCUGCUGCCUCCCAGCCGGCCACAGAGGCGCCUGCGACCUGCGCGAGGUGGCCGAGGUCGACUACGAGGUUGAGUGCAUCCGCGAGCAGAAGCGGCGCCGUGGCAAGCUGACGUACCUGGUCAAGUGGCGCGGCUGGCCGGACGAGGACAACACGUGGGAGGCGGAGGACGCGCUCGAGGGCUGUCCCGACGACCAUCACUUGCGCAGCGACCUAGACGAAGAGGCCUCGUCGUAG